CGGCCUGCACUCUGGAUGAACAAGGGAGAGACCGAACUAUCAUCUCGCACCAAUUCAUCCAGCAUCUUCCCCUGAUUCGUCCCCAGAUCCGAUCGUUCACUUCCCAUCACUAAACUCCCACCAAUUAUGCGCCGCCUCUCGCCGCUGUUGGCGGUGGCGGUGGCGGAGUCCAUCGACGCCCUCCGCUUCUCCACGUGUGCCGCAACGGCGGCCGUUCCAUCCCCUCCCAACCUGGACCCCCCUCGCCUCGACCCCUCCGACAUCCGAUCUCACAAUGCCGCCCUCAUCGCAUAUUCUUCCAGGGGUAGUGAGGCACCGCGCCUCGCGCACCUCCCGGCCUCCUGCGGCGCCAUGCUAAAGUCCGGGUUCGCGCCGGACACCUUCACCUACAACUGCCUCAUGCUCGGCCUCUGCAGGGCCGGCCUCCUCACAGCCGCGUGCGGGUUGUUCGUGCAGAUGCCACGCCGUUGGGGUGCCUACUACGACAGAUACUCCUACACUAUCCUCAUCCAGGGCCUGUGUGUCGUGAGGCGCAUUGACGAUGCCUGUAGGGUGUUUGCUAAAAUGUCGAGGGGCUGGUGCAGACCCGGGGUGCACACAUACACUGUGCUGCUUGAUGGGCUCUGCAAGGCUAGGCGUGUCAGGGAUGCCAAGGCUUUGUUGGGUGAGAUGGUCGAUAAGGGUGUGGUGCCAAACGUCGUGACUUACAAUGCCUUGAUUGGUGGACUUUGUCAGGAGGGAAGGUUCGAUGAUGUGACCAAAUUGUUGGAGAAAAUGGAGAUGCAGCAGCGUGCUCCAGAUUGCUGGACAUAUACCAUAGUUGUCAUGGUCUGUGGAAGCAUGGAAAAGUGGAGCAUGGUGCCAUGGUGUUGUGUGAAGCCUGUGAAGGGCAUUGAUUUAACAGUAAAUGGCUUCGGUGGAUGA